UUUUUCUAGGUUUUUCUGCAACCAAGCUGUAUAUAAACCCCAAGCUUCUUCACAGUCUCCGCAACAAACAACCAGAGGCAGUGCUAAACCAAAAACGAUCCUUUUUUUCAAAACCCUUUUUGAGUUUUUGUUUUCAAAAUUCAUCAAUGGAUUUCCACACCCUUACAAGGAAAGAGCUCCAGACUCUUUGCAAGAAGAACAAGAUCCCUGCCAACAUCGCCAACGUCGCCAUGGCUGAUGCUCUCUCUGCUCUUGAAUUCGUUGAAGGACUGGAUGAGUUCAUGAACCAAUCCCAUUCACCAGAGAAAACCACCCAGACUGAAUCAGCAACGAUUCCAAGGACUGCUAACAGAACCUCAACCAGAAGAAAACCCAUCAAGGAGGAUCCUGAAACCGUGCAACCAAUGACCAGAACUCGCCGUGCAACAAGGAAAACGUUAGAGAAAGAUUUUGACCAAGAAAACCAGAAUCUGAAUGUGGGUGAGACUCCUAUAGUGAAGGACAAUGCAGCAAGCCGGAGAAAGGCACCAGCUGCUUCAGCUAGCAAGAAAACGGACUCUCAAGUGAAGGACAAUGUGGGAAGAGAAAUGAGUUGUGUGGUUGAGACUGAGACCCCUAUGAUGCAGGCUGGUAGGAGGAAGGCCACUCAAAUGGGUUCAACUAGAAGAAAGUUGGAGGAGGAAUCAAUACAGCGCGUGUAUAGCACAAGGCGGUCUGUGAGACUCCUGGAGAAGACCUUAGCCGAUUUGAGUUUGAAGGAUGAAGUGAUGGAAGAGCCUGUUAAGAUGGAUGUCUUGGAUGAAACUGGAGAGAAGGAUAUCUGUGAAGUGAGUUUGGAAACGAACAAUGAUUCAGAAUUUUCUUCAGGUGUAAUUUUUCUCAAGUCAUUGGAGAAUGAAAGGGGAUCGGAAGAAGUAUGUGAGGAGGACAAGAGCAAUGAGAAUGGAGAGGAAGAUUGCAAUUUGGGCACUCAGAAUUCUGUCAAUAUGGAUAAUGUUUCAGUUUUAGUUGCAGAGGAUGACAACCAUGAUGAGACUUCUGAUGCAUCAGAUAAGCUUCCAGUUGAAAAUUCAAAUGAAAUUGAACCAGUUGAUAUUCCAGAAACUGAGUCCUUAUCUGAAGCUGAUAAUACAUCUAUUAAGGUGAUGGAACCUGAAGAGCCCCUUGCUGAUGAGAAAUCUGAUAAAAUCUCUUCUCAGGUGGUAGAAGAUGUUGUUCCUGAAGACCAGUUUGUAAACUCUGGCAAGAAUUCAGAGGCUGAUACCAAUCAAUCUGUUACCAAUUCCAUUGCUUCUCCAAUGAAGAAGCAGAUGAUGGAACCUGAAGGGCCCCUUGCUGUUGAGGAAUCUGAUAAAAUUUCUGCUCAGGUGGUGGAAGAUGCUGUUCAGGAAGACCAUUUUGUAGACUCUGGAAAGAGGUCAGAGGCUGAUACCAAUCAAUGUGUUACGAAUUCCGUUGCUUCUCCAUUGAACAAGCAGUUUGCAGUUGAAUGUGUUGAAAAAGAGAGUGUUCAUCUGGACAAUGUGGUGGCAACCUACAAGUCUGAUGGUCCAAAUGUUGAGACAGACAAUGUUAUGGCAACCAACAUGCAGAUUCCAGUUGAAUGUGUUUUGAACAUGCAGGUUCCAUUUGAAUGUUUUGAAAAUGAGAGUGUUCAUCUGGAUCUCGAUAAUGUUGUGGCAACCGACAGUUCUAAUGGUCCAGAUGUUGAGACAGACAAUGAGUUUGAGUCAGACAAUGCAACCUACAAUUCUGAUAAUCCAAAUGCUGAGACAGAUGACGAGUUGGAUUCAGAGAAUAACGUGGAAACCUACAGUUCUGAUUAUACAAAUGAUGAGACUGACAAUGAAUCUAGUUCAGAUGAUGAACUUGUUGAUGUUCAAUUGACUGAAGUCGAAGCUCCCAUAUCUUCUGUAGAAGGAUCAGUUGAUGUUAAUUUGAUUGGAGCAGAAGUACCCACUUCUGAUGAUAUCGAGGAAAGAUUUGAUGCAGAAGGGACCAAAGAAGCAGAAGUUUCUUUUGAGAACAAGACACCAAAAUCUGUGAAGCAAAUUGAUUCAAUCUCUGGGGACCAGACUCCAUUUGGAGCUGAUUCAAUUUCAGGCCAGUUUCCACGACCAACUCGGUUGACACCAAUGCGGUCUUCUAACAAGAGACAUGCCACAGCUCAGGAACUAACUUUGCCUGCAUGCAAUAAGGAGAACAUUGACAGCAUUGGGUUCCAGUUGGAGUCUAAGAAGGAUAAAGCAAAGAAGGACAAGAGCACAACUGAUGAGGACAGCUUGGUGAAAUCAUUGCAAAAGAAAAGUCUAAGGGAGCUAAACAAGAUGCUGAGAGAAAAGCUCAUAAUAACCAACAAGAAUAGGAACAAUGAUGGACCAAAUGUUGCCAAGACAAGACCGGCUUUGCAGGCUCUGCCAGAGAAUGUUAUGGCUCCUGCUGACCCAAACAAGGAACACUGAAUAUAAAACUGAGUGUGCUGACCACUUUUUGGUUGUGCUUUCACUUUUUAAUGAUCAAAUGAUCACAGAGGGGGUUUUAAACCUGGGUUUGCCUCCGUUCUUUUUGCCUUUUUUGCAAGUUAAUUAUGGUUUUUAUGUUCUUUUGCAAUAAUGUUGGCUACUGAAAACUGUUGCUGAUACUGAGAAUUUGGUUUCAAAGAAAGUUCAUCUUUGCUUAGAUGAAUAUUUGAUUCUUUUUGGCAAUGUUGAUGAGUUCAAUCA